AUGUCCGCCUCAAAGCGCUUCCUCUCCGACUUCACACUUGGUUUCUCCGAUGGUUUGACCGUUCCUUUCGCCCUCACAGCAGGGCUGAGCUCCCUGGGCAAAACAGACACGGUGAUCACAGGCGGGCUGGCGGAAUUAUGUGCAGGUAGCAUUAGCAUGGGAAUUGGAGGAUAUCUCGCCGCGUGCGACCAACGCAUUCCAUGCCAAAAUGGGUUGGAUGUGGAACAAAGACAUAAUGAGGAUGAGAGGAGUAGUGAAAGCGACUCAAUGGUUGAGCAGUCGGAGAAAGCACAAGAUUUGGCGGAAGAGUUGGUGAGACAACACCUUGAGCCAUUACAUCUUCCCAGUUCGAUGGUAACAACAUUUCUCAACAACAUGUCAAGCGAACCAGCUGAUCUGCAACGGAUGGUAUCACGACUGCAAACCUACAAAGACCCAUCCACAACACAGACUUCCCCACAGUCACCAAUCAUAUCUGGACUUUCAAUAUCACUCGGAUACGCCAUCGGUGGAAUCAUUCCUCUUCUCCCAUACUUCUUCGUCAGCACCGUUGGUUUGGGUCUGCGAUGGAGUUUCUGUCUUUGUUUAAUGGUGUUAUUUGGUUUCGGGGCGGGCAAGAGUUGGAUAUUGGCCAAGGAUGCGAAGUUCAGGACGUGCUUCAUUGAAGGACUGCAGAUGUUGAUUUUAGGCGCGGUUGCUGCUGGGGCGGCGGUUGCUUGUGUUGCUUGGGUGGGUAAUAGAUGA